AUUUGGUAAGGUAUAUAAGGGGUUCAUUGACAAUGGUACUACAAUCGUUGCCAUAAAGCAAUUGGACACAGAGUCCCAGCAAGGAGUAAAAGAGUUUUGGACUGAGGUCAAGAUGCUGUCUAAACUCCAGCACACUCAUCUCGUUGCUCUGAUUGGCCAGUGCAAUGACUGCCAGGAAAUGAUCCUUGUUUAUGAAUACGUGGCAUGUGCUAAUUGUAUCUACAAAACAAGUAGAAAAGAAAGUGGUAUUACUACUUCUUCUCUAACAUGGGAACAAAGGCUCAACAUUUGCAUCGGUGUUGCACGCAAGUUAGACUACCUUCAUACUGGUACCGAUCAAGGCUUCAUACACCAAGAUGUGAAGACCACAAACAUUCUGUUAGAUGAGAAUUGGGUAGCCAAGAUUAUAGAUUUUGGGCUGUCCAAGGGCCUUACAAGCCAUUCAACAAUCCACAUGAGAAGAAAAGUUAAAGGUACAUUAGGGUAUUUCGAUCCAGAUUAUUUCUUGCGCCACAAACUAACCAAAAAAUCUGAUGUGUAUGCCUUUGGUGUGGUGUUGUUUGAAAUUCUCUCUAGGAGGCCACUAGUGGAUAUAAAACUUGAAGAAGAUCAAGCCAGUUUAAUACUUUGUUCUCAAGAAUGCAUUAAAAAAGGAAAGCCUGAUUGA